GGGGUCACAGAACACCAGCUUUAAAGUAAGUGAAUCAUGUGUGGCUCAUUUAAUUUUAAAGGAGGCCUCUGAGCAGAGCUUAGAACAAUUUUUUCCUCUGAGUGCCAUUUCCCAAAGGUACUCACAGAACAAUAAGGUGUGACCAUAAUGGCCGCACUGAGUUGUCUUUUGGACAGUGUUAGAAGGGACAUAAAGAAGGUGGACAGAGAAUUAAGGCAACUGAGAUGUAUCGACGAGCUCAGCUCCCGCUGCCUGUGCGACCUCUACAUGCACCCGUACUGCUGCUGUGACCUGCACCCCUACCCCUACUGCCUCUGCUACUCCAAGCGAUCCCGCGCCUGCGGCCUGUGCGACCUAUACUACCCGUGCUGCCUGUGUGACUACAAGCUGUACUGCCUUCGCCCAUCGCUCCGCAGCCUGGAGAGGAAAGCGAUCUGCGCCGCUGAGGACGAGAAAAAAGAGCUGGUCAAACUCAGAAGGACCACCAACAGAAUCCUGGCCUCAUCUUGCUGCAGCAGCAACAUCUUGGGAUCGGUUAACGUGUGUGGCUUUGAGCCCGACCAAGUCAAAGUGCGCGUCAAAGAUGGGAAGGUCUGUGUGUCAGCCGAGAGGGAGAACAGGUACGACUGCCUCGGAUCCAAAAAGUACAGUUACAUGAACAUCUGCAAAGAGUUCAGCUUGCCGCCAUGCGUGGACGAGAAAGACGUGACGUACUCCUACGGGCUCGGCAGUUGCGUCAAGAUCGAGUCUCCCUGCUACCCUUGCACAUCUCCCUGCAACCCCUGCAACCCUUGCAGCCCCUGUAGCCCCUGCGGCCCCUGCGGCCCCUGUGGCCCCUGCGGUCCCUGUGGCCCCUGUGACCCUUGCAACCCCUGCUACCCUUGUGGAAGCCGAUUCUCCUGUAGGAAGAUGAUCUUGUAA